UCUCUCUCUGUGUUCUGGAACAAUGGCGAAUGCGCUUUCAAUGGUUGUGAACAAACUUCGAGAAGAGGUUUAUUUGGUGGGUGAUGCCAAAGAAGAAGUUGAAAAGUUAGCUUCUACAUUGGAAUCCAUUCAAGCACUUCUUAAUGAUGCUGAUAUUAUGCAAUUUCACAACCAAAGCAUUCUAGUUUGGUUUAAAAAGUUGAAAGAUGUGGUUUACGAUGUGGAGGACGUGUUAGAUGAGAUGAUUCCAUUCCCAGAAUCUGAAUCAGGAACCCACGACGGUGACGAUCGAAUCAUGGGAAACCAGCCAUGGGCCUGCUUAUUUUCAGUCUUUUCAUGUUGCGGUCUAGAAGAUUGGAUAAGGUUGGCCCAUGAAUCAUGGACCGACGGUGAUGAUACUGAUAAUCGCAGCAUCGGAGAUAAGGUGCAGACAUUUGUCAGUAAAGUCGUAUCACAACGCAAUUUUGCUAGUAAGAUAAGAGAAGUAAGGGCGAAGCUGGAUCAGAUUGCAGAUGACAAAAAAAAGUUCAGUUUUAAGGAGAUUAACAGUUUCCGUGGAGGUAGUGAGCUUCACAAUGCCAGUUCUCAAACGAGUUCGCUCGUAGAUGAAUCGAAGAUGUUCGGGAGAGACAUAGACAAAGAUAUCAUAAUAAGCAAGUUGGUCAGUGGGAGCAGUUUUGAGGAGGGACGGAUUCGUGUCAUUUCGAUAGAAGGCGUUGGUGGGUUGGGCAAGACGACUCUUGCUCGAUUGAUCUACAAAGAUGAAAGGGUGAGGAGCAAUUUCAAUGUGUUUCUAUGGGUUUGUGUUUCUGAUGAGUUUGAUGUAAAAACGAUUACCAGAAAAAUUAUAGAGGAUGCAAGGGAGAAAGCUGAGUUUUCUGAUCUAAACCCACUGCAAAAUAAGCUUCUCGAGACAUUACAAGGAAAACGGUUCUUGCUUGUCCUUGAUGAUGUGUGGAAUGAUAAUAGUGAAAAGUGGGAUGAACUAUGGCUAUCCUUCCAAAGCGGUGCUCCCGGAAGUAAGAUUUUGGUCACUACUCGUAGCGAGAAGGUUGCAAUUACGUGCGAAUCCGCCUACAUGCAUAAAUUGAAAGGUUUAUCCGAUGAUGAUUGUUGGUCACUGUUCAGUAGCAGAGCUUUCACUGGGAGGAAAGAGGAAGAUCGCCUGGCGUUGGAAAAGAUCGGAAGAGAGAUAGUGAACAAGUGUAAAGGAGUGCCUCUUUCAGUAAAGGUAAUUGGAAGCGUCAUGCGGUCCAAGAGGACGGCACAAGAUUGGCAGGACAUCUUGGAAAGUGAAACAUGGGAAAUACCCGACAUCGCGAGAGGUAUCUUACCGGCAUUGUUGCUGAGCUAUUAUAAUUUGCCUGUCCAUUUGAAGCAGUGUUUUGCAUAUUGCUCAUUAUUUCCGAAAGAUCAUGAGAUGGAGAAGGAUAGAUUGGUCAAGUUGUGGUUAGCUCAGGGUUUCAUCAAGCCGCAGGGAAGAAGAGGGAUGGAAGCAAUUGGCGAAGAUUACUUUGACGAGCUAGUGGCGCAGUCUUUGUUUCAAAAAGAAGAAGUCGGAUGUACAAUACAUGAUCUCCUUCACGAUCUCGCCCAAUUCAUUACAAAGAAUGAAUAUUGCAUCUUUGAGAUUGGAAAGUCGGACUCCAGCUCUGUUACAGCUCGUCAUUCAUCUUUUAUGGUCAAUUGGGAAACGUCCGAAAUUCCAGCCCCUCUAUGUUAUGCAAAAAAAUUGCGAACACUCCUCCAAAUUGAAGAAUCAAAUAUUGAUACCAUCCCUGCUAAUUUAUUCGAAUGCGCUAGCUCCCUUAGGGCGUUGGAUAUUGGUGCUGGCAUUCGCGUUAAAGAAUUGGCAAGCUCAAUUGGGUUGCUGAAGCAUUUACGAUAUCUCGACUUGUCUCGUUCGCAGAUAGUUGAGUUGCCGAAAUCUGUGACUCAUCUCCGCAAUUUGCAGACCUUGAAGUUGAAUUAUUGUCCGGAGCUCGCUAGAUUACCAAGAGGGAUGGACAAACUGGUUAGCUUGAGACAUCUGGAAAUUGCAGGCACAAUGAAACUAAAGUGCUUACCUGAAGGGUUGGGGAGAAUAAGUUCCCUUCGGACGUUGAGUAGGUUCAUGGUGGGAGGCAAUGGAGGAUGUAAGAUUGGAGAGCUUAAACGACUUAACUCUCUCCAAGGAAAUCUAGUAAUAGAAAACUUGAAGAGAGUGGGUAAUGGGGACGAGGCUAAGGAAGCUGAACUGUACAAGAAGUUACACCUUCGUGUAUUGUCUCUUCACGUGUUACUAGAUCCUAGGGUUGAAUGGCCAGGUGACCAUGAGGUGUCAGGAGAUGAUGAGGUGGAGAGGAUGGACGAUGUACUUGAAGCCCUCCGACCACCCCAUACAAACCUAGAAAGGCUAGUAAUUGGGAGAUGCAUUGGUUCAAAAUUCCCAACUUGGAUGGAAGAUUUGCCUUUCUCAAAUUUAGUCGACUUGAGAUUAAUCGAUUGCUACAAGUGUACGCAGUUGCCUGGGCUCGGGAGACUACCUUCGCUCAAAUUCCUUCAAAUAGAGGGAGGUCUUAUAAAACGUGUCGGCCAUGAGUUUUACGGGAAUAGCUGUGGUGGGGGCAUAAACAGAGUAGCAUUUCCGAAGCUGAAACAUCUCGAAUUCUGUCAUAUGAAUGAAUUGGAGGAGUGGGAGUUGAGAAUAGAAGAUGGAGAAAUAAUGCCGUCUCUGCAGAAAUUAGAAGUUUAUUACUGCCCGAAAUUGAAGGCACUGCCGCAGCACCUUCCAGAAACUCUAACGUCCCUCCAGAUCCUGGAGUGUUCUGAAAUUAGUGGGAUGAAUUGCCUCCCACCAUUUCUCAAAGAUUUUCAAGUGUUUAAUAGCAGUAGGAUUUUGUCGAUGCCAUUACGAAGCCUACAAAGCCUAGAGAAGUUUUCGAUCGAUGAUAUAGAGAACAUGACGUUGCUCCCAGACGGAUGGGAGCAGCUCAAGUCACUAGAGGAUCUUUGUAUCGGUAAUUGCUCUAAAUUGAGGUCUCUUCCUGAUGAUUUGGGACAGCUCAAGUCGCUUAGAAGUCUCCAGAUCAACGACUGCACCGAGUUGCGGUCAUUGCCUCAAGGGUUGCAACGGCUUAUUUCUCUUGAAAUCAUAGGCAGCAGCGAGAUUUUGUCAAGGCCGUUACCGAAACUCCCAAGCCUCAAGGCGUUUUCUAUCUGGAAUUCCGUUAACAUGAUAUCGCUUCCUGACGGAUGGGAACAACUCAAGUCACUAGAGAGUCUUUAUAUCUACGAUUGCUCUGAAUUGAGGUCUCUUCCUGAUGAUUUGGGACAGCUCAAGUCGCUUAGAAGUCUCACGAUCUGGUAUUGCCGUGAGUUGUGGUCAUUGCCUCAAGGGUUGCAAGGCCUUACCCAUCUCACAAUCCACGGCAGUCCAAAGCUGGCGGAAAGAUGCAAAGGGGAGGAUUGGAGCAACAUAUCACACAUCCCAAACAUCCAAAUUGAUUAAUAAUCAAGUGAGGUGCUGCAGAUAGAAGAUCCAUCAGGUAGGCAAGGUUCAAAGAAUACCACGGCCAACCAGGUACAACAAUCAAGGAUGAGCACGCACAAAAGUUUAUAAUCGAUGUUUAAAGAUUUCAUUAUCAGCCAAAGUCUACUAAUUGUGCAAAGAUGCAGAAGGUAACAAGAGGAGGAUGGGCACAAGAUGGCAUGCAUGUGUCUCCAAUCUCCGAAUUGAAAGAAGCCUGACCAAGGUAUGGAUGGCAAUCUCAUUCUAUUAGGUCCAAGCAAGCGUAACUCAUGUAGACACAUGCAGGUGUGCCUACUGGAUAAUGUGAAUGAGAUCCACAACAUCCCAUCAGAAGAGAAGCAUAAGCACUCUCAAAAGAUACAUUGGAAGGCUGGGCAUAGUCUGCAAAUGCCUCUCCAAAAAGGAGACUUCUAGCUGCCUUCUGCCGCUUCAAUUUGGUUGGGAGAGACUGUUUUAUACUUCUCCUUCAAAUAAUUUCUCCAGAUACUACCAGGAUUCCCGAAGAAAAUCUCCCCACGCCAUCUUCAUUAUGUGGCUAAGCAUAACCUGUCUCAGAUUUUUCAUCCCCAGCCCUCCUUUCUUAGGCAAAGCGAUCCGCUUCCAGCUGGUCCAAUGUUUGAUUUUAUCCAACAUCAGCUUAAAAUACAUGAACGUCCCUGAUGAUGCUGAGAUCACAAUCACCUGCUCUAUUGCUCUUGCACGCCAAAGUCCCCUGUAGUUUCCUGGAUCAAUCUAGUAAUGCAACCAGAGCCAAGUACACAUCUGAGGUGGGCCUGCUCAAAUCUUUGGGACAUUUUUGCUAUCGAUUCAGUGCACUCUUGUGGGGCAGUAGUACUAAAGAUAGCUAGUGACCUGGUCGUGUUCAGUACCUUCCAACCACACUGCUACUGCUCAAAAAAGCUAAGAGGAUUGCUGGAGGCAGACAUGUACAACAACCACCAUCCUUGCAUAACUAAGAUCUCUCUAGUUCUUAGCCUUUUAUAUUACUACAUCACAUUACUUGUGUUAUAUAUAAUAGAGAAAAAAGAGAAUUAAAAAAGUAUUGAGUAAUAAUUUGAAUACCUUGUGUGGGAUUUUUAUUUUUUCAUUUUUAUUUGAUUAGAUGUCUACAAUGGAUCUUACUAUUUGAGUCAUUUGAGCACGGGUACCAUGUUUCCAGUCA